UCAGCUAUUACCCUUGCAAGGGAUUAUAUUAACUUAAAGAGGUCCAGAUAUAUUAACCUUAGGAACCACUACUGUAGGGAACAAUUGGCUAAAGGGUAUAUCACUAUAGAAUACAUUAGGAUAGAUAAACAACUUGCUAAUAGUCUAACUAAAGCAAAAACUCCAAACUCUAUUCUCUAA